AUGAAAUUUACCCACCUUAUCACCUAUACCAUCCUCACCCUCAGCGGUGUGCAGGCAGCCAAAAUCAAUGGACCUUGCACUGGUGGCGGAGGUGCCCCUGGAACCUGUAUUUCCACUUCCAGCUGUACCAGAGCUGGCGGAAAAUAUAUCUCCAACGCCUGCCCCGGUCUUCCUGCGGACAUCAAAUGUUGUUCCAAGACUUCAUGUGGUAAUGGCGGCAACUGUCGUUUCGUCUCCACCUGCUCGACUGGAAACACCCAGGCCGGCCUCUGCCCUGGUCCCACUAACUUCCAAUGCUGCCUGCCAAAAGGAACUGGAGGUGGGACAUUCCCUCCGCCAAAGUUCCCAGCUGUUGGCAGAUGCAAGAAGACCGCUGUGGAUGGCGCAAAGAAGAUUGUAGCCGCCAACCCGGGUAAGGUCAGAGAGAUUUUCUGCAUCCGAGACUGCCCAUGCCCAAGCAACAGCGAGCACUGCUGUGGCCUUGCAACCGACAUGAUGUGCACAUCUGCGGGCGGCAAACGCGACAGAGAUGCAUUUGGCCGCAGCAUUGCUGAGUGGGUUAUGAACAACCGCAAGAGCCUCAAUUUGAUGUAUGUCAUCUGGGGACAGAAGAUCUGGAACCCAUCCAGAGAUGCGGUUGCCCCUUGGUCUAAAUGGAGGCAGAUGGAAGACCGUGGCUCCAUCACCGAGAACCACUGGGACCAUGUCCACGUUAGUUACAACGGUUAA